CAAACGGUUAAACCGGGAGAGGUGACAGAAAGGAUAGCUGUGAACGAAAAGAAAGUCAAUCGCUAUCCGUUCGCUGGCGUGAAAAAUAAAAAUCUUGGGAGAUUGGCAAAGGGUUUAGCAGAGCACAGAGAAAGAUAGAGAUUCGCGGCCAUGGCGGAUUCUUCCAAGGACGAGUCAUCUGACGCUGAGCUCGAAACCAAUAACUUGGACAGCCCUAAUUCUUCUGACGCCUUAGUUCCCUCUUCUCUUGGUGGCCCUGCAAUUUGCCUUUUCAGGUUUGCCGGCGACUCCGCGGCCGGAGCCUUCAUGGGCUCCAUUUUCGGCUACGGUUCAGGAUUGGUCAAGAAGAAGGGCUUUAAAGGAUCAUUUGCAGAGGCUGGAUCUUGUGCCAAGACAUUUGCAGUUUUGUCUGGGGUACACAGUUUGGUUGUUUGCAUGUUAAAGAGGCUGAGAGGGAAGGAUGAUGUUAUUAAUGCUGGGGUAGCUGGAUGCUGCACUGGUUUAGCUCUAAGUUUUCCAGGUGCUCCACAGGCUCUUCUUCAGAGUUGCAUCACUUUUGGAGCCUUUUCUUUUAUACUUGAAGGUCUUAACAAGCAGCAGCCAGCAAUGGCUCAUCCUGUCUUCUCGAGAAAGAUAAGUGAUAUCGAGAGAAAUCGUCCUCCCUUAGUUUUGCCACUUCAGUUUGCCCUUCCGGGUGAACUUAAAGGUGCAUUUUCUGCGUUCUGCAAGUCCUUGGAAAAGAGCAGAAAGAGCUGGUAAUGAGUUAUCCAGCAUUCUUUUAACGUCUUUUGCAGAACAGAAGAGCAUUAAUGCAUAUUUGUAGCUAAAUUGUCCAAAUUUGGGUUAGAACUGAAUCAGAAUUUUUUUUUGCUGAAAUGUAAUUGUGAACUUCUGGAUGGUUUAUUUGGAGCUAUGUUUGCUAUCUUCUUCGAAAAUGCCUCUAGUUCCUGCCCAAGUUACAGA